GCAAAAUUAUAACAAACAAAUUGAGAGAAUCCCACACUCUCCCGCCUUCACUGUUAUCGAUGCAUUUCUGUUUAUCAUUUCUCCUUUCUGUUUAACUCACAUUAAAUAUUGUAUUUGGAUUUUAUCUAUACAUACAUACAUCAGCAUUCUGUUUUAUAUACUGUAGUAUAUAUAUAUGUAUAAGUAAAUUAGAUCAGAUAUACAUUUUCUUCAUCAAUCUUGUUGGAUCUGGUUUUGUUUUUCAAGAUUUUUUUCUGGGUUUUUGAGUUUGCAUUGAAUUGAGCCAAUGCAAAUUCAUUUGGGGUCUCACAAAUUAUAAAAAAGAUUACUUUUUUUGGUGACUUUUUGAAGUUUUUGUGAGUGGAAUCAAGUUUUAUUUUUCAAGAGUUUUUCUGGGUUUUUGAGUUUGCAUUGAAUUGAGCCAAUUGCAAGUUCAUUUUGGGUCUCAUAUAUGAGAAAAAAGAUUACUUUUUUGGUGAUUUUUUGAAGUUUUUGCGAGUGGAAUUAGUUUUAUUUUUCAAGAAUUUUUAUGGGUUUUUGAGUUUGCAUUGAAUUGACCCAAUUGCAAAUUCAUUUGGGGUUUCAUGUAUUAGAAAAAGAUUACUUUUUUGGUGAUUUUUUGAAGUUUUUGUGAGUGGAAAUUGUUGAAGGAGAAAAAAAGAAGAAGAAGGGAUUGUUCAAGAAUGGUGGGAUCGGAGAAGAAGUCACUUGUCUUUGCUUAUUAUGUUACUGGUCAUGGAUUUGGUCAUGCCACCCGUGUUAUUGAGGUUGUCCGUAAUCUAAUUCAAGCAGGACAUGAAGUUCAUGUGGUUACGGGUGCUCCUGACUAUGUUUAUACUAUUGAGACACAGUCGCCUCGGCUUUUUAUCCGUAAGGUUCUAUUGGACUGUGGAGCUGUUCAAGCAGAUGCUUUGACAGUUGACCCUCUUGCUUCACUGGAAAAGUAUAACCAGACAGCUGUACUACCCAGGGAUUCGAUCUUGGCCACAGAAGUUGAAUGGUUGAAAUCUGUCAAGGCUGACUUAGUGGUAAUGUGAUCCUUACAGGGCAUCUGCUCUUAUUUUGUACUGCUAGUUUGAAACCCAUUCAUCAAUGUGUUAUUAGUACAAGCUAGUUAGACUCUAUUUCACCUAUAUCCGGAUGUACUACUUGGUGUUACAGUGCUUUGAAGAGUGAACAUUUGGCACUUCAUUCUGGUGAAGUUUGCUGAAGGGAGCAACACGUCUUUAGAUGUCUGACUAAAAUGAAUUGAUUGAAAAUCUGAUAAAUGCCUACACUGGAACAUGAUAAAUAUCAUUACUAAUAUUCAGUAUUACUUCUUCACCUUGAAAAGUAAUAGAUUUUAGAUAAUGAAAAAGAAUUUUUGUUAAUUCAAAAUGGAAGUCACUCU